CUCAGGAAAUGUAUCUACAAACCAACCUCAGAGAUACCAAUCAUUCUUAAAUCUGUCAUCGGGAACCCUACAAAAGCUUUGUUUUUCUCUCAUAUAUUCAUUGUAACUCUGGUCAAGAUGCGGGUCUAAAUUGGUGAGUCUGUAAAAAGUGCUGUAGUGCUUAUACAGCCCACUUUCGGUCAAAAUUUGGAAGUAAGCACGUAUACCACUUAUCGAAGUACGGCGGGAUCUUGAUCUGUGGUGGGAAGAGCCUCGAUUGUCAGACAUCCUUAGAAUAGUAAAAGUAAGGUGCUUCUAGGCUCUUUGAUACAUGCAUCGGGGAUAAAGAAAUAGUGAACCAAUUGGGGCUCGGUGACGCUGACGUCGACCUUGCGAUCCGAAGCGAGGGUGAAGAGCACAGAGGCUGUUACAGUCUCCUGACUUGACUGGGUAUCAUCAAUUUCACGCCUGCUAGGUUUGGAUCUCGUAAGUCUGUAUUGAGCAUUCCCUCCUGACUUUUGACUUCCUGCAAACGGAUUCACACCAAACGUGUUGUGUGUUGCGUGUUGUAUCUCUGCCCAUUGUGGUUGCUACCGCUCUCGGCAUGCCUUCCGAUGAGUCCCUAAAUGACUCAGCCACAAAUGGCAACAAAUCUAUUCACUGUCAGUUUGUCAUUCCACCAGUCGACAUUGUCGAAUAGUCCGACUGUUACUAACAUGACAUCUUCCACACCAUAGCCUUGGAUCUACCACAACUUUACAAACGCCCAUCAUUCUUGGAGCUAUUGCAAGUACUGGAACUACUAAAGCUUCCACCCCCAUCUUGGAAUUCGAAAUCUAGGAAGCCCCAAGAACCCAAUGAUGCUCAAGGCAUAUCUUGUUACCUGACUAAAAUCAUUGGAAGCGGACUUGAUUGGCUGUCUAUAGGGGUAUCUGAAGAGGAAUGGGAACAAAGAUGUGAACUCAUUCAUGAGCUUGCUAGCAAGAGACUCGCCGAACGCUGUGGGCGCUCAGGUAAGACAUCCCAUCUUUGCUGAUGGCCAAUUUUGAUUUUACACCACAAUUAACAAAUGAUCUGACUGAACGUAGCCAUGCCGGAGAUGGUUCGUACUUGGGUCAUCCCAACAUCUGAACAUCCAACUGACCUCACUAUUGAACUGUGUGAGCCUCCACUCACCGGUGAUAGCUUGGGUCUCAAAACCUGGGGUACUUCCUUUGUGAUGGCUAAGAAGCUUGAAGAACUGGGGAAUCUGUAUUUUGGAAAUAUACUUUCCAAUGGCCGGUUGAUUGAACAAGGAUUCGUAACGUCCCAAAACGUUCUAGCCGUGGAAAGCGGAAUGACAGUGAGGAUUGAGUUGACAAUGGGGAGUGACGAAAUGAUGAGUAACAACGCAGCGAUAAGUAGCAGUCCGACAAAGAAAGGGAACAAGGCAUUGGUUCGUAGAUUGAUGGACAAAAUUGAUCCAAUGCAAAAUGAACAGCUCUCGUGUAAUUGCUCGUGUAAUAAAGGCAAAAUCUUGGAGCUCGGGUCAGGGACUGGGCUUCUUGGGCUGACAGCUGCUAUGCUUUGGAACAGGACCACAAUCUUGACUGAUCUUCCAGAUAUCGUUCCAAACCUGGAUGUUAACCUCAGGAGAAACGGGUUUGGUCAAACUCCUGAAACCAAUGCCACUGCAGCGAUCCUAGAUUGGAGCGAUGCAGAACACUCUGUAGUUUUCAGCCAGAAUCCGAACGAUAAAUUUGAGGUAUGAUAAGUAUCUUUUAUCAAUCCCAUACUUUUAUAAUCUAAAGUCCUGAUCAUAAUCGUAGAUGAUUCUUGUUGCCGAUCCCUUCUAUGACUCUCAUCACCCUGCUCUUCUGGCCGGGACUAUACCAAAAUUCCUGAAGAACAGUAGAGAUAGUCGUGUGUUGGUGUCGGUUCCGCUCAGGGACAAUGCAACAAGAGCGAUGAAGAGUGACUUUGAGGGAUUGAUGUCGACUCGAGGGUACCAAGUAGUGGCUAGUGGGACGGAACGCUGUUUCGAUGAUUGGGAGGAAUCAGAACAGGACGACAUCGAUGGUGUUUACUGCUGGUGGGGUAUCUGGAAGCAUGCUGUGGCAACGUCUGCUCCUAUAUGCCCCUAAUUUCAGAUCGUCAGCUUUACUGAUUGACCUCCAUUUCCUGGUAAAUAAGACAAACUGUGAAUCUAAAUAGUAGCAAAGCAAAGUUAAUGUGGUUGACAUGAUGAUGGCAAAUCAU